AUGGUCAUGAUGGAUUGCAUUCCUCCAUUUCCACAAAUUGUACUUACUUCCGAGGAGAGAGCUCGUUAUGACCAUAAUGUGAAUUCCUUCCUCUGUGACGCAGUGGCUGAAUACUCCUUACAGGGUAGUUAUAUCAAUGAAGACGCAUGGAUUCACGUAAGACGUCGUAAACAGGUUAAUAUUUACAAAAGCGUAUACGGUACACGUGACCCACAAGUGACUCUAUUGAAAGGUACAGGAAUAAUUCAAGGACCUGUGCAGGAUGUGAUGGAUGGGCUUUAUUGUGAUAAUACGGAAAGUCUCCGUGCAUGCAAGACACUGCUCAAGUACAAGUUGGUAGAUGGUAGUGUUAUGAACGUUAGUGAGAAAAGAAGCCCCGACGCACCGUAUCGCUUUGCUGGUAUCAAGUGGUUUGCUGCUAAGGCUGGAUGGGGAUUAUCUAAGAACCGUGACGUGCUUGCUUAUGAACGUAUGGGCACAACCAUGGAUUCCAGUGGAAAUGAGCUGGCUUACCACGUCCAGCACUCGAUCGACCACCCAGACUGGCCGAUCGAUGCUAUCAAGGGCAUCAAGCGUGAGCACCAGGUGACAUGCUUCCUAUACCGGGGUCGCGACGAUAGCCGCGUUGACUGCUUUAUUUGGUCAACAGUGUACAACUUGGACUCGGUUUCACAUCAUCUAGCCGAGUACGCUGUUGCGGGUGCUCUUUUAAAUGUCACCGAAAGCGUCAAAAGUGCGCGUGCCAAGAAGUUCUUGAUGUUGAUGAAGAAUGCUCAAAACAGCAAGUGGCCGGCCAGUUCACUUUGCCAUAUUUGCUACGGUCGGGCAUUCAUGUCGGUCAAUCGUCCAUGCGCAGGAUGCUUCCAGAGUGUUUGCAAGUCGUGCUCAGACUACCGUUUUAUUUUCCACAUUGAUGCCAAGAGUAGGCGACCACACCAGCAGCGGUUUUGUAAGCUCUGUAUCAACAACACUGUGGCGAUUGACUCGCAUAACUUUGAGGCAGCUAUUAAGAAAGCACGGAAUUUAAAUGAAAAAACAAAUGAGGAAGCAGAACGAAUUGCCCUUCAUGGCCCACGAACGAUGUCGAGCCGCCAGCAUGCGAAUAAAUGCUUGAAGCCGAACCAAAGUUCGUAUUCUGCAGCUGACGCCAGCUUGCGAUCAAACUAUCUUGACUGGGCCAGUGACUCAAGCAGCCAAGACGAUGACGACGGCGAAUACCUUAGUGAACGUGUUGCAGCAGGUCAAGACCGAUUAAAAUGCAAGAGCAACCGCAGUGACGCAGUGUCGCUGUCCGAUCUAGAUUCUGAGGACAAGUUUUCGCCAUACCCGCCUAUUCCUCAGUCGCACAAGCAGCAAACGGAAGGACGUAACAAACGCGUGCUGGAAAACCGUGUGCAUGAAAAGCGUGGAGCUUCAGCAUAUCAAAAACCUGCACAACAAUACCAGUCACCAUUGGACCAGUAUACGGCACCAUCUAGACAUUAUGAACAGCAGCAAGAACCUAUUAGUCAUCACGCAAAUGGACAGCAAAAGCACCCGGCUUCAUUGCCUCCUUUUCGGUCACCGUAUCAUCCACCUAAGCCAUCGAGUUCAACUCACAGCUUUACGAGUGACAGUGAUGACGGAGCUGAAGUUGGUGCUUUUCCGUUGAUGGAAUCAGGUCUUGGUUUGAGUAAAUUUGACCUCGGUGUUGUGGAAGCAGCUCCUGUCCCUGAAUUUGAAGACCUUAAUCUCAGCAUGUACUCGGAUGAUGGUUAUCGUCCUCAAAGCAGGCGAGCACCAAAAUACGGUCGUACAAGUCACGCUGACAAGGAUGGUUUUCUUUCCGAUCUCUAUUCCUUAUCGCGUUCUAGAAUUCAUGGUCACCAACAAUACUAA